AUGCCAUCAUCUCAACUUGUUCGAUCCCAUAGUUCUACCCUCAAUGGACCAAGCUCUUCCAAGACUGGCUUGAAUCAACCUCCAUCAACUGCUUCUCAAUCGUCACACCAGGUUAUCCGUUCCAGCCUUUCCAGCAUUCCCACUGGAAUAUGUAGCUCUGAACAGAUGUUGAAGCAUUGGAAGCCUGAUUGUCAUUUCGAUCACGAGGACGACGACGAUGAUGAUGAUGACGAACCCGAGCGACCAUCGAGGAUCACGAGAAUCAUGGCUCAAGUUACUAAGGCAAAGUUGAUACCACAUCUACUGCAUGUUCAAGUGCGAAAGGCCACGAAAGAAGAAAUCAUGUUGGUUCAUAGUGAGGGUCAUUGGAAUCGUAUUCAAGAUACUGCAUCUAUGGAUAUCCAGGAGCUCAAGGAUCGCGCCACAUAUUAUUCACGUUUAUCUCUCUUUGUCAACGCUGAAACGUUCGAUUGCGCUCGGCUGUCUUGUGGGGGAGUCAUUGAGAUGUGUAGGGCAGUGGUUGAGGGUCGGAUUCGGAAUGGCUUCGCGGUCGUCCGACCACCUGGUCAUCAUUCUGAACCGGAGGAUCCAUCGGGUUUUUGUGUGUUCAACAAUGCUGCUGUGACUGCAAAAUGGCUUCGAACUAUCUAUCCUGAUAAGAUUCGGCGGAUCCUGUUGAUUGAUUGGGAUGUUCAUCAUGGGAAUGGAACCCAGCGAUCAUUUUAUCAUGAUCCCAGCGUUCUGUACAUCUCCAUACACCGUUAUCUAGAGAACGGACGAACCACAUACUUUUAUCCUGGCUCGGAUUGGGGUGGAAGUACCCGAAUAGGCGAAGGACUUGGCAGAGGCUAUAACGUCAAUAUUCCUUGGCCUGAAGCCGGGAUGGGAGACGAGGAUUACAUCUUCGCAUUCCAGCGCCUCGUGAUGCCCAUCGCCAUGGAAUUUAACCCCGAUUUUGUCAUUGUUUCUGCUGGAUUCGACGCGGCCAAGAAUGAUCCGUUGGGUGAAUGCAAUGUCACACCGGCAGGCUUUGCUCUGAUGACCCAUAUGUUAUCUUCUUUGGCAAAUGGCAAUAUUGUUUUGGCUCUUGAGGGAGGUUAUCACCUCGAGUCAUUGGCAUUGUCAGCAACAGAAUGUAUCAAGGUCCUGAUGGGGGAAACACCGCCCAAAUUAGAGAAAGCCCUGGUUGCUAGUGAUGUAGCCACAGAGACUGUGGAUGAGUGCUUGAGAGUUCAGGCCGAAUUUUGGAAAAGUCUACCCAGGGGAUUGUUGACACAAGACGAGUUAACUAUGGAACGUCUCAAUAUCCCUAUCAGUGAUGUUCUGGGGAUGCAUCGUUCCUAUGAUUUGCAUCAUACCCACAAUCUAUGCGCGAUCCCAUUGCAUGACACAACCUCUACAGCUUUGACGAACAACUAUACGAAUAAAAUAAUGGUCUCGUCAAAUGUAUAUGAGACUGAAACUGUUGUGCUAUUCAUGCACGAUUUAGGGAAUGUCCGAAAUGAGCUACAUGUACAGCCUACUAACUUCAAUGAUGAAAAGGCCGCCAUGCUUGAAGGAAACACCCGUAUAAUGAAAUGGCUUCACCAGCAUGAAUAUGGCAUCAUAGAUGUCCAAGUCUCGCCUCCUACAUCGGAUCUCACUACGGAUGGGCUAGCAAAGAAGGUCGAGCGGAAAAAGGCUGUCAAGGAGCUCGUCAAUUGGUUAUGGAGUCAAUUCCUCACACUUGCAGACUGUGAGAAUUUGGUAUUAAUUUGUCUAGGUGAAGGAUGUAAAUCUUUGCCACCUUUGUUAUCGAUCAAGGGUAUCCAAGAGAAGUUGAAAGCCUCAGUAUAUGUACCUACUUUGAAUAGGAUCCCGCCGCCCAAGUUAUCACCCGAUCUGGAUUGGUAUCAACACCUAUCCAUAACGUUUUAUCCUCAAGGACCCUUGAAAGAUCACGGUCUCCCCAUACCAACCGACAUAUCAUCUCAUGGCCUCAAAUUAUCAACAGGCAAUUCAUAUGAGACCUAG